AUGGAACCGGGGGAUAGUAAAGGUAGUAUAGAAGUGGAAUUUGAGUGUGGUACGAAGAAGGAGAUUUUUGGAGGCAAGGCCCAUAUUUUGGAGAGAAAUAAAACCCAAAGUUUGGAUGGGGACCUUUGUGGUGGGAAGACCCAUAGAUAUUUGGGAGUCUUGCAGACACGUGACAAAGGCAAUGACAUGGCAAAACAACAUGCGGCAGUAUCAGAUGACAAUAGCAUUAACUUUGAGAUCUCAAAGUCUUUUUUCUCUUUCCUUGUGCGUCCAAAAAGGAAAGCUCUCAAGGGGCCAAUCAUCAUAGAAAAUUCCUCUCAAUCUUCUGAAAGGUCAACUUGGUACAGCAAUUCGGUCAAAACCACAAGCAUUUCUAAAGAAAACAGACAUUUUUGUUAUCGCGAGAUUUGGUUGAUAAUCGGAAGAUUGUAG